UCAAUUGUGAAGAACAGAAGUGCGUGCACGAUUUUCCGUGUAAAAUCAACUGUAAUCCAUUAGUCAAGACAUCAUUCUACGCAUUUUAAUUGCAAAAAUGAAGUUCCAGUACAAGGAAGAACAUCCGUUCGAGAAGCGAAAGGCUGAGGGUGACAAAAUUCGACGCAAAUAUCCGGACCGUGUGCCCGUGAUUGUGGAGAAGGCACCGAAGGCUCGCAUCGAUGAUCUGGAUAAGAAGAAGUAUCUAGUCCCAUCCGAUCUGACCGUAGGCCAAUUUUACUUCCUGAUCCGCAAACGAAUCCAUCUGCGCCCCGAAGAUGCCCUAUUCUUCUUUGUAAACAACGUCAUUCCGCCGACGUCGGCAACCAUGGGCUCGCUGUACCAUGAGCAUCACGAGGAAGACUACUUCCUCUACAUUGCCUACUCGGACGAAAACGUGUACGGCAGCACCACCAACGACAACAGUAACUAAGCAACAGCAUACAUACAUAUAUCUAUGAUGUGUUACGAUGAUACAACAAAAUUAUUCAUUUAAAAGAAGAAGAAAACACACACACACGUACACGUACACACAUACUGAAAUACUUGUGGUGAUAAAAAUGCGACAAAAAAAUAUGUGAAAAAGCCA